AAGCCCUAGUCUUUUAGUCUUUUGUUGUACUCUUAUCAGUUAUCACAAGAAGCACAUCCUAUUACACUAAUCAGUAAAAAUAGUUGAUUUUCAAAGCAAUGGCAAAUUUCACCUUGUUGCUUUCACUUCUCUGCUUCAUUUCCCUAAUCUCUUCCUUUAACCUUGGUGGAAUUAUGGGUCAGGAUGUACCAACCUUUUCACAGACAUGGUGUGUUGCGAAGGCUUCGGCGAAUGAGGUUGAAUUAGGAAACAACAUUGAAUAUGCAUGUAACCAAAUAGGAGUUGAUUGCAGCAUAAUUCAAGAGGGUGGUCCGUGUUACUAUCCCACCAAUCUAAUCAACCAUGCUUCUGUUGUCAUGAACCUUUACUAUCAGAAAGCCGGCCGCGCCGCCUUCAACUGUGAUUUCUCCAACUCUGCUGUCGUUGUUGUAACUGAUCCAAGCUAUGGAUCAUGCCUCUAUGCCUUUAUAUAGCGGCUAGCUGGACGUAACAUUAAUUAAUAUUACUACAGACUUGUAGUACUAUAAUUCUAUACUGUUGAUUUGGAGAAUAAAUUUGUGUUAUACCUUGCUAUAUUAUUACACACAACAUUGUAAUAGUUGCUAGCAAUAUAUAUAUUGUUUCAAAUCAAUGUAAUUAUUGUUACAUUGGAGGAAUUAAAGGCUGGGGUAAUUAAGUGCUUUUUAUUCUCAUAA